AUGGAUAAUUCAUUUGAUUUUAAUCAAUUUUUAAUUCCCUUAGCAAAAAGCAAAAUUAAUUUUAAUUUGCCUGAAACGAAAAAAGAGGAUUUGUUUUAUAUUGUUAACCUUGAACCUUUUGGAAUUUUAAAAGCCCCUAAGCAAAAGACUGAUUUAAAAAAAGAAUUACAAGAAAAAUUAAACUACUUUCAAGCAGAGCAUGAGCGGGCCCAAAACUUAUUAAAUAAUGAAAAUUUUCUCAAAAAAGUUCCUGCUAAUUUGGUAGAAAAAGAAAAAAAGAAAUUAAGUGAACCAAAAAAAGAUAUGAAAAAUAAGAUUAUGCUAAAACAAUUAUUUCUUAACUGGGAAGAGUCGGUGCCUCGUCUUCAAUCUCGCGGUGUCAGCAGCGAUCAGAAAGAAAGAAACCAAUUAAGCAAAAAAGGGGAAACAGUAGCCCAAUUAGUUAUUAAUUUAAAAAAAAAAUUGCAUAUCCAAGAACAAGAAUUAGUUAGUGUAGAACAAGAGCUACAGCAAUUACUGGAAAGAAUUCCUAAUCUUCCGGCUGAGGAUACUCCUUUAAAAGAAAAUAAAAUUAUUGACGAAACAAAAUAUAAGCAGGAAAUAAAACCCAAUCUCACUUACGAAAAAAUUGCUCGCCAAUUAGAGAUUAUUGACGAAAAAGCGAGCGUUAAAUUAUCAGGCAGCCGAUUUGCGGUUUACCGAGGGUUGGGUGCGCAGUUAGUCCAUGCUUUAAUUAAUCUAAUGUUAAGCGAACAAAGAAAAAAAGGUUAUCAAAUAUUCACUAUUCCCUAUUUAGUUCAGAGCCAAAAUCUUUAUCAUGCUGGACAAUUGCCGAAAUUAAAAGAAGAUAUGUUUAAAAUCGAGAAUAGUGAUUUUUACUUAAUUCCCACGGCGGAAGUUCCUUUGGUCAACCUCUACCAAAAUGAAAUCUUAGGUGAAAAAGAUUUGCCGCUAAAAUUAUGUGCUUAUAGUCCCUGUUUUCGGGCAGAGGCGGGAGCAGCCGGUCAGGAAAAUAAAGGCUUAAUUCGUUUGCACCAAUUUCACAAAGUGGAGUUAGUGCAGAUUGCUCAGCCGGAAAAUUCUUAUCAACGCUUAAAAGAAAUAGUGGAAGACGCGAGAAAUAUCCUUCACUUGCUAAAAAUUCCCCACCGGGUAAUUGAACUUUGCGUAGAAGAAUUAGGAUUUAGUGCGGCCAAAACUUACGAUUUAGAAGUUUGA